AUGACACUCUUAAUGGAUGCCAUGACCCUGGUGAAGGAGCCUCAUCCCCUGCCUCUGGUCCCACGUCCCUGGGUCCUCCCCAGCCUGUUUGCUGCCUUCAAUGUGGUGCUGCUAGUCUUUUUCAGUGGCCUCUUCUUCGCAUUCCCUUGCAGGUGGCUGGCUCAGAAUGGGGAGUGGGCCUUUCCUGUCAUCACAGGCUCCCUCUUCGCCCUUUCCUUCUUCAGUCUCGUUUCACUCAACUUCUCAGACCCUGGCAUCUUACAUCAAGGCUCCACUGAGCAGGGCCCCUUGACGGUGCACGUGGUGUGGGUGAACCACGGGGCCUUCCGCCUGCAGUGGUGUCCGAAGUGCUGCUUCCACCGCCCGCCCCGGACCUACCACUGCCCCUGGUGCAACAUCUGUGUGGAGGACUUUGACCACCACUGCAAGUGGGUCAAUAACUGCAUCGGUCACCGCAACUUCCGCUUCUUCAUGCUGCUCAUUCUGUCCCUGUGCCUCUACUCGGGCGCCAUGCUGGUCACCUGUCUCAUCUUCCUGGUGCGCACAACCCACCUGCCCUUCUCCACCGACAAGGCCAUCGCCAUCGUGGUGGCUGUGCCCGCCGCGGGCUUCCUGGUGCCGCUGUCUCUCCUGCUGCUGAUCCAGGCCGUGUCCGUGAGCUCGGCCGACCGCACCUACAAGGGCAAGUGCAGACACCUUCAGGGAUACAACCCCUUCGACCAGGGCUGUGCCAGCAACUGGUAUUUAACAAUUUGUGCACCACUGGGACCCAAGUACAUGGCUGAAGCUGUCCAGCUGCAGAGAGUGGUGGGGCCUGACUGGACAUCCAUGCCGAACAUGCACCCUCCAAUGUCCCCCUCUGCUCUCAACCCCCCAGCCUGCCCUCCCCCAGCCCCAACCUCUGGAUCCCUACAAACCAGGGAGGGGCGCCCCAGGGCGUGGUGA